AUAUAAGGAAAGUUCUCGACUAUAAUGUGAUUGCAUUGAAGAAGAGUUACAUAAAAGUUAAGUUAAAUGAACUGCUCGUCCGUCCCAUUCGUCCCAUUCAUAUACCCUUUGUUUGCAUUGAAUCUGUGAUUCCGACUCUCAAUCGCCGACAACUCUUUGGUCACCCGUUUGUCCCAAUUAUGGCUCACUUUUGAUGGUAUUGUCGGCCAACAAGUGCUGCGAAGAAGUGCUGAUUCACUCAUUCAUUGAUUCACUCAAAACAUUGACGCAAAGCAUUGAAAGAGCGCUUAAAACUCAAAAGUAAUACACAUUUCGUUAUGAUUUCGUCAUUUCAUUGAUUGCCGUAUUUCUUGUCAUUUAAUACAUUUGUUUACAUAUUUAUUGGUUAUAUUGUAUACAUUAUUGACAAUUCAGUGCUAUUAUGAACACCACGUGUGAGUCCAUGCGAUGACACGAAGACAUGAGUGGUUACAACGCGAUGAGUGGUUAUUAUUGAAGUGAUUGUUUUGACCGAAACGUGACGUAAAGUGUGUUUCCAUUGACCGAAACGAUGGCCAAAAAGGGCUCUUUCGCUGACUUAUUAUAUUUGGCACUAAUUGUGAGUGUUUUGCGAACCAAUAAUCAAAUUGAAGACAACAAUGUGUUCAGUGAACAGUUGGUGGGCUCAGGAGUGGACGACUUCGGGCCCACAGCCGCUGUCAACAUAUAUCUGCAUAAUUUGCGGAACUCAUACUCAUUAGAGACCAAUAUCUUCACGAAUAGCGCCAAAGCGAACGUAUUAUAUGAAGAGACGGUCGAUAUAUUGCGUGAAGUGAACUCUUUGGGCCGCUAUUCAAGUGAAUCCCGUUUCCGUAAUUCACCGGUGUUUGCAUAUCUGGUCAGUCGUGGAGAGCAAACCGAUGAUCACAGCCUCACCGCUGCCAUCGCUUCCACCUCAUCCUCAGCCCUCUCCUCACAGACUUCUCCACAUUUGGACAGCGAGUUGUCCUCAAAUGAAUCCAACGACUCGAUUGCCGGCAACUCAAGUGUCUCCUCUUCUGUGCCCACAUCUCCCACUCAUCCGCAAGAAGAUGAAGACCAGAGCACUUCUUUGUCGUUAAAUGUGUCUGAUCUGGACGUUAAUGACUCGUUGGGUAUGUAUUGA